GGCGCUCGCUGCCUGAGCGGGAGGCCGGAGCCGCCAUGGCCGAGACGGCGACGCUGAGGCGGGCGGCGGAGGCGCUGGAGCUGCUGCUGGGGAGAGCCGGGGCCGCGGGACUGGCUUCAGGCCCUCUCCAGGCAACCCAGAGUGCUGCUCUGCUGGAAUCCCUAAGCUUCCGUGUGGCUGCUUUGGAGGAGAAGUUCAGUCAGGACCCUCAAUGGAGUGAGCUGAGAAGGCUGAGAGCAGAGAUCUGCCAGGAGGCGUGGUGGGCUGCGCCAUGCCCAGACGUGCCCUGGACGUUCACUACCCAAGCCUUGCUCCUGCUGCUGUGUCUGAAGCAGUGCAUGGUCCUCUUGGCAGCUGGUCACUCCCCACCUCAGCCAAGCCCCAAGGUGGGUGAAGCAGCAGCUCCUCCUCUGAGCCCUGAUGCCCUCAGCAUCUCUCAAGAGAAAACUGUGCAGGCGGCGCUGCAGCUCGUGGCCAUCCUGGGCCUUUGCCCGUAUCUUUUGCCUGGCGUCGGGCUUCCCCUGAGACACAGGACAGAGUUCAGUGCAUUGGUUCAACAUAUAGUAUCACCUGGCAACUUUUCCAGUGCCACGCGCAGGCUUCAUGCCACCUGCACCGUCCUGAUGGAGAUUGCCCAGCACCCGUCUCUGGGCACCCUCGUUCUCACGCGCCAUCUUGGGGAUCUCCUAGCAGGGUUGUGCCAGCUUGCCUUUGGUCCUACCAGGAGGAAGGGUGACCAAGCAAAGCCGCAGGAGGAGCAGAUGGGCCUUACAGAAGAGGAGCGAACACGCUGCAGGGAGGCUGUGCAAGGCCUUUUGGACCGCGUUUACCAGCCACUGGUGGUUCGAGAGCUGCUGAUUCUUCAAGGAGGAUCCAAACAGGGUUCUUGCUCACACGGGCACGAGGGUGAGCACCACCUGGCCCCGGCUCCAGCCUGGCUUCGGCGCCUCUGUGGGCAGCUUCUGUCUGAGAGGCUGGUAAGACCUGGGGGAGUCCAGGCCGUGGUCCGUGGCAUCCUGGAGGGGGCAGGAGCAGGGGCAGCGGGGGGCAGCGGUGCUGAAGCAGCAGCUGCGGACUGGCGGAAGUGUGACUCGGUCGCCAGGAUCCUGUCGUCUUGUCCUCAGCAGUCUCUGUCCUUGGAAGAGUACUACCAGCAGGUGUGCCCCCAGGUCCUGCAGCUGCUGCUCAUUCAAGAUCGGCUCACAGCACAGCAGUUCCAGAGAGUGGCCGCCACAACCGUCCUCACCAUGACCAGAGAACACCCUCCGCAGGCAGAGAAGUACCUGCUGAGCCCCCUGCUAGAACCGCUGCUGCGUUGCCUGGACGUGGCAGAGGUGUCCCUAGAAGACCUGCCAGCAGGAACGGUGCUGGUGAAGGAGAAGGAGCUCACGGGCUGUGUGGAAAGCGUGUUUAAGGUGUAUGCUGCUGACCCCGAGCCUUCGGCUGUGUUGCUGGGCUCCUUGCAGCCGGCAUUGGGAGCCCUCUUCUCCCUCUACUGCUUCACCAAGCAAAACGUGUCUUUUUUACGCACCCUGUGCCAGGAGAUUUUGUUAUGGUUCUUGCAGAAGUGUGAGAGAGAGACGGCGCUGUCCAUUUUAGAAGGGUUGGCGAGGCUGGGAGGGGCCACCCACUUCCUCCACCCAUGUUGCCAGUUUCAAGCAGCCGGUGAAGGGGGUGCUGUGAUCGCCGUCAAGGAGGCUGUCAGGGAUGAGGAAGAGGCACUCUAUCGGAAGGUUUCUGCCGAGCAGUGGCAGCUGGAGCAGCUGGUGGACUUGCUGUCUGGCACCCGAGGCAGCGGCCUGGCCGGGGACUUCUUCCUCCAUUGCUUAAAGGAACUGACGCGUGUGGCAGGACAAGGUGGUUCCGACAUGGAGUCUACCUUGCUCUCUUGCAAGAGUUCUGUGAACCUGGAGCAGUGGUGCAACCAGUCCCUCGAACCCCAAGAGAGACAGCUGCGCGUGCUGCAACUGGUAGCCAUGCUGUGUGAGGGCCUCUCGGACACUCUGUUCACAGACAUCUCCCAGGUUGUCGAGUUUGUGGCAGCAACCCUGCAGCGGUCCUGUGUGGGUGGCAGCGCAGUGGAGGCCCAGACGCUGCGCAUGGCCAUGGGACUAGUGGCCGCCGUCCUCGGAGGGGCUGUGCAGCUGAAAUCGGCGGACUUGGCUACCCUGAAGCUCCUGGUGCCCCUGCUGGAGGAAGUCUCUCACGUGCACCCCGAGCCUGCCAUCCAAGAACUUGCUGCUGACUUGCGCGUCACCAUCUGCACCCACGGAGCUUUUUCCCCCGAGAGCGUCGGUGCCGCUGCUCAGCGCACUCUGGGCAAGAGAGAGGCGGGGGAGGGGGCGGGCCGUGCAACCACUGGCACACGUCAAGGCCGCGCAGAGACCCCCCGAAGAACAACACUGGAGCCCGCCAGCCCCCUGCCACAGGCACACACGGAAAGCAGCACAGCUGCCAGUCCUCUUCUCGUGGCACCCGGAAGGCUCCCGGCUGGGAAGCCGGUUGCAGACCCUCUCUCGAGUUCCCAGGCCCUGCAGGAGCUCCUCUUGUCAGCUUAUGAUCCUGAUAUCCCGUCACGAGCUGCCGCCUUGCGUAGCCUUUCCCGCUUGAUAGAGCAGAGGGACUCGGAGGCUCUGAAGAUGCGAGAGAAACUGCUGCAGGUUUUUGUGGAAAGUUUGGACCAUGAAGACUCCUUUGUUUAUCUUUCUGCUAUUCAAGGUGUUACCCUGCUGUCAGCUGCUUUCCCAGAAGAGGUUCUGCCCUCCCUGCUAGCCCAGUAUGAGAGCAGCCCAACAGGCACACGGGAAGAGCGAACGGCGGAGACCAGGAUGAAAGUGGGGGAGGCACUUGUGCGCAUCACGCGGGCUCUGGGCGACCUGGUUUUCUCAUACAGAGACCGUUUGAUCCAUGUUUUUCUGCGAGGAGCAAGAGAUCCAGAUGGCGCCCUCAGGGCCAGCAGCCUGUCCAACCUGGGAGAGCUCUGCCAGAUACUUCAUUUUCAGCUGGGCUCCGUGGUCCAUGAGGUGACUUUGUGUUUGGCAACCGUUGUGAAGUCCGACGGUGAGGCUGAAGUGCGGAGAGCAGCUGUCCACGUGGUGGUGCUCCUGCUGCGUGGGCUCAGCAAGAGAGCCACGGAGGUUCUGCAGGACGUUCUUCUGGACCUGUACCGCCUGCUGAAGUUCGUGCUGCAGCGUGAGCGAGACGAGGUUGCCGUGCUCCAUGCGCAGCUGGCGUUGGAGGAACUGGACGCCAUCAUGAGGCAGUUCCUGUUUCCAGCCCCGUCCCUGGAGAAGAAGAUUGUGAUCCUGCCGUAGACCAGCGCGAGGGGCACUACUGCUGUGAGCCUGGCUUCAGGACUCCUAGGCUACAACAGAGCCAGUUUGCAAAGGUGGCUGAAGUGCCUGCCAGACCAAGCGGGGCACUACUGCCAGCCUCGGGCUUUGCCCUUGUGGGGAGGGGAGGAGUUGGCAGAAGUCCCCUUCUUGGCAGGCAGGGGUUUUGCUCUCUCAGGGGCACAAGGCCAGUCUGGGGGCUGCUUCUGAUACUGGCUGCAGCAAUAAAUGCAAAAGAAAACCA